AUGCUCGGCACGUCUUGCAUAUGGCGCUCCUGUAUUAGUCACGAUCUUUCUACCAACUCGAAUCUAUGCAAAUGGCACACUUCCGUCCAGCAUUUUCUCGAGGUUGAGGAAUCGCUGCAGUACGUGCCGAAUGAAACACGAAUGAGAGAGGCCUACCUAGCAGCGGAAAGUGGCUCGACGGCUGAAAAGACAAAGCGAGUCAUCCAGACGUCCAGCUCGCUUUUAGAGGAAUUAUCAUCGAGACACCUGCCGCAGUCUAUCAAGGCCUUCUUUGAGCACGUCGUCAGAGCUGCAUCCAACCGCAGGUAUCAGAGCGAAUACGUGGGAGCGGUGGGGCUGGAGAAGUUUGCCUCAUUAAGCGACCUAGAGCAGUCUCACUACGAGCUGCAACAUUUGGUAGAUGUGUCUGAAGAGAUCGUAGGCACUGAGAAUCGUGUUACUCGCGAGCUCCGACAACUCCACCAGCUAACGGUGUACCCGGGCGUUGAGGACUCGUUCAUUCAGCACGGCUUCUUCGACUUGGAGGAGCUUCAAAGUGAUAUUCGCACACGAGACUUGGGUCUGCUGCUGCGCCUGAGCCAGCAGAAGUUGCAGAUUCUGGAGCAUCGACGGAGAGAUGAAGAGAGGCAAGUCGUGCGAAGGCUUGCGCCAUCCACAUCGUUGCCGGCCAUGAACUUUCAGCCAGUGUCGGAGCAGCCAGCAGCGACCGACCCAGCCUUAGUCUCGUCAUCCGUCUACGACGUCAUCCACGUCAUGCGCAAAGGACGGCAGUCGCUGUUAAGGCAGCAGCGUCAAGAUGCUCUGGACGGGGGACUACGAAAUGGGUCCAAGCGCAGACACGGCCUGGAGCGCUGCGCGUCGGACUUGGCGUAUCGUGCUAGUCCGUACGAGGCGAAGGUAGCGCCGACGACGAAAUCUCGCGCGGGUGGAGCUAGCAACGGCAAGAAGUCUGCUCGACAAGCGCUUGGACAGAUGAACGCAAGAUAA